CAGCAGGGUACGAAAGGACAUGUACAACGACACGUUAAACGGCAGCACGGAGAAGAGAAGCUCCGAGCUCCCGGACGCCGUCGGCCCCAUCGUUCAGCUCCAAGAGAAACUCUUUGUGCCUGUUAAAGAAUAUCCUGACUUUAAUUUUGUGGGCCGGAUCUUGGGCCCGCGGGGGCUCACAGCCAAACAGCUGGAGGCAGAGACAGGAUGUAAGAUCAUGGUGAGAGGGAAAGGCUCCAUGAGGGACAAAAAGAAGGAGGAACAAAACCGAGGCAAACCCAACUGGGAGCAUCUGAAUGAGGACCUCCAUGUGCUCAUCACGGUGGAGGACGCCCAGAACCGGGCUGAGAUCAAGCUUAAGCAUGCAGUGGAGGAGGUUAACAAGCUACUCGUGCCUGCGGCUGAAGGCGAGGACAGUCUGAAGAAGAUGCAACUGAUGGAACUGGCCAUUCUUAACGGCACCUACAGAGACGCCAAUAUCAAAUCACCUUCCCUUGCAUUCUCUCUUGCAGCGAGCGCCCAGGCACCACGGAUCAUCACCGGCCCAGCACCUGUCCUGCCGCCCACAGUCUUGCGCACGCCUACGGCCGCAGGGCACACCAUCAUGCCCCUCAUCCGCCAGAUCCAGACCGUCAUGCCCAACGGCUCGGCCCACCCAGCAGCUGCCACCCUAGUGCAGCCUGGUCCGGAGUCGGGCCUGAUUUACGCGACGCCCUAUGAGUACCCCUACACACUGGCCCCCGCCACCUCCAUUCUGGAGUAUCCUAUCGACUCCAGCGGGGUUUUAGCAGGUGCAGUGACAACUAAAGUUCGAAGGCACGAAAUGCGCGUCCAUCCUUACCAAAGGGUAGUGACCGCAGACAGAGCCACCACUGGCAACUAACCCCUGACCUUCUGACCUCUCCACCCAAUGACGACCUGCCCAUUACCUGCCUGCAGAUCACACCUCUGCCCUAAAAUGAAUGAAUGAAAGACAAAAAGAGUAUCUAAGAGCUGUCACAGGCAGUGGAUAUACAGCUUCCCUAAACCUCGCUCGUUGGACGCGGGCGGCAGAUGCCCGGACGUUCCAGCCGCUGUAGAUCUGCACUCUUUGUAAGCAAUAAGCAAUAAUGAUUUGCCCCGCACCCUCUAAAUCAAAGCCAGACCUCCCAGGUUGCUGUGCAAAAGCCUCCAGCUCAACGACGACACUGUUGAGGAAACGGACUGCCCUUCAUCGCACCCCAACCCGUCGCUAGAGUAAUCCUGCAGUUACGGUAAUGAGUCUGAAUGUACUGCAUGACGGUGUGGAUGAUGUACCUCUCGCACUACGACCGCGGCUCGUCACGUGUCACGACGGGCCAUUUGAGAAGCAUUUCAGCUGAAAAUACAUUAAAAAGAAGAGUAUUUCCCUUCCGGAACAAUCCGACACUUUUCUGUGAACAAGCCUCUCUGAGGAUGUAUAAGCCAUGCUUGCCUAUCUGCUGUACAAAUGUAUGAAAUUUGUAGAUAAAUGUUCAAAGAGUGAUGAAAGAAAACAUGUACAGGAACAACACUUUUGUUAUCCUCCAGAGAACGUAUAUUUUUUACAACUCGCUAUUUUAUAUUGUCGAAUAUUGUGAAGAGAACAGAAAAAAAAAGACACACACAAUACCGAACCCUUUAUGAAGUGAAAACAAUCCAGUUUUCUGUAAUUGGAUGUAGACGUGGAUGACCAAAACAACCCUUUCGUAGAACCGAUGGGGUUGAGAGGGAAAUAUCAUUCAAGUGCCUUUGCCUUAUCAUAGUUCUCAUGUUCAAUAUGAAUGGCAUCAUGAGUGGCGAAUGAGCAGACCAGGACUACAUUUCCCAAAAGCAUCGUGAGUCUACGUAGAUCUGCAUAGGUUUACGAUGGAUUUGGGAAAUGUAGUCCAGGUCAGUACACACAGCUUUCCCUUUAGGAACCACAUAAGUGACGUAUCACUUGUUUCGGGUGGAGCAGCUCAACGCUCCGUCCCAGUAUUACACAGCGAUCAAAUCAAGGCCUUUCACACCACACGAUUACUGUCAAACUGACGCCAGGAGUCAAGGUCUAUUUGUUGCCUUCAUCCUUCAGAAUUGUGGGUAUUUUGCUCACAGUACUUGAAUUAAUUUGCACUUUAUGUUGACGUUUAAUGCAUUGUAAUAUCAGUAUGGUAUUACAGAUGGUAUAUAGGAUAUACAGUAUUCAGUGCCAAACAAAACUUUCUUUUAAUCAGUAUGUUUGUCUUC